UAUCUUUAAUAAACUUUGAUCUGUGCCAAAUUUAAAUAUUUCCUCAUUCGCUAAUUCGCGACUGACUUUUUUAUAAAUCGUUACCCAUAAAAUAAUUCUCAAAACGCGCUUAAUUAAUUUUUUUUUUUUGAGGAAGAUUCGUUUUUUGCGGCUAUAAAGCAAUAAGCUAACCUUUGUUUUUCGUAGUCGCGUUUGUAAUCCGUAUGAUUUCGGAACAUGUACUUAUUCAAGUGGUUUAUGUGCUUGAUUUUGCUCUGGGCAAAGUUAAAAUGUACUAAAGCCGACCUCUCACCAGAUCCUUUGAUUGUUGAGAUCCCCAAUGGAAAACUCCGGGGAAAAGAUAACGGCCACUACCACAGCUACGAAUCGAUUCCCUAUGCUAAGCCCCCAACUGGUGACCUUCGAUUCGAAGCUCCUCAACCAUAUAGUCAUCAGUGGACGGAUGUUUUCGAUGCAACGAAACCAGCAGCAGACUGCCUACAAUGGAACCAGUUCAGACAAAAUCUUCAGGGGGAGGAGGAUUGCUUGACCGUCAGCAUCUUUAAACCAAAUCAGCAGAUUGGAAGCAGCUUUCCUGUCGUGGUCCUUCUUCAUGGUGGGGCCUUUAUGUUCGGUGGAGUAGUUUCAAACGGGCAUGACUACUUUAUGCGCAAGGGAAAGAUGCUUUUGGUGAAAAUAAGCUAUCGCUUGGGUCCUUUGGGUUUCGCAAGCAGCGGUGAUAAGGAUUUGCCGGGAAACUACGGACUUAAAGAUCAGCGCCUGGCUCUGCGAUGGAUAAAACAAAACAUAGCGAACUUCGGGGGAAUGCCGGAGAAUAUUGUGCUCAUUGGUCAUUCUGCAGGCGGUGCUUCAACUCAUUUGCAGCUCUUGAAAGAGGACUUCGGCAAGUUGGCCAAGGCAGCGAUCUCCUUCAGCGGCAAUGCUCUGGAUCCUUGGGUUGUCCAGAAGGGAGGACGAGGAAGAGCUUUUGAACUGGGUCGCAUUGUUGGCUGUGGACAUACAACAGACUCUGCAGAACUUAAGAAUUGUUUGAAGUCCAAACCGUCCACGGAAAUAGUUUCCGCCGUUCGUAGCUUCUUUCUGUUUUCCAACGUUCCCUUUUCUCCUUUUGGACCUGUUGUUGAGCCGGCAGAUGCUCCACAAGCCUUUCUCACCCAAGAUCCUAAAGAUCUGAUCAAAAGCGGAAAGUUUGCGCAAGUCCCAUGGGCCGUUUCAUACACCACUGAGGAAGGAGGCUAUAAUGCAGCCAUAAUGUUGCAAAAGAAUGAAACUACCGGUGAGACCAGGAUAGAAAAACUUAACGAUCGAUGGUUUGACUGGGCUCCCUACUUGCUUUUCUACCGGGACUCAAAGGACACCGUUAAGGACAUGGAUGAGUUCUCUACGAAACUGAGGCAGGAGUACCUGGGAGAUCGGCGAUUUAGCGAGGAAAGCUAUUGGGACUUACAGCGCAUGUUUACUGACAUUCUCUUCAAGAACAGCGUGCCAAAUGCAGUAGAUCUUCACCGGAGGUAUGGCCACAGUCCUGUCUAUUCGAUUGCCUACGACAAUCCACCUAAUUCUGGAGUGGGUCAGGUGCUUUCCAAUCGCACUGAUGUAUUUUUUGGUUCUGUUCACGGAGAUGAUUUUUUCUUGAUGUUCACCGUUCCUGUACUAAAGAAGUCUAAUCGACCUGAUGAAGAAGUUAUUUCAAAAAACUUAAUAAGGAUGAUAAAGGACUUUGCACUUAGCGAAACAGGCACUCUGACAUUUGGCGAAUGCAUUUUCCAAAAUAAUGUAAACAGCAAAGAGUAUCAAGUGCUCCGAAUAACACGAAACGGUUGUCAGAAUGAGCAAUAUGAUCAGUUUCUCUGA